AUGAAGUUCACUAAAACUGUUUUUGUCAGUUUGCUGAACUAUGCAAGAGAUCCUUAUAUUGCCCUUUAAAUGUUACUUCUUUCUAGAUUAAGAAAAGAUGAAAUUUAGUAAACUGAAAAUAAAAUUGCUUCAGAUGAAGCUAUUUCAUAUGAUUGCUUAACCCACUAAUUUAAAAAAUCAUGGAAUUUGGAAAUAUUAUCAAAUUUUUGGUAAUAAGAAACGUUUCAAGUAAAUAAAGAUUCAGUUGGGCAAAGAUAAUACCUCUAAAUAAAAUUUACCCAGAUAUUCUUAACAAAACCCAAUUUAGACCUAUAGUAAUACAAAGUUUGCUCUACAAAGUUCUUGGAUUAAGAUUUGAUGAUAAACGUAUAGAUUAUCUUUAAUAAGUAGUUUUUGAAAUAAUAAACAGGAUUUGUAAAGGGAUUGGGAACAUAAGUAAAUAUCCUCGUUAUUUGUGUUAUUUUCUAACAAAUCAAAAAUAAUUAGAAAAAGAUAAUGGUGUUUAUUGAUUUUUCAAAUGUUUAUAAUACCAAUGAUAGUACUGGAAAAAGAUGA